GGAAGCGCUGUGGCGCGCGGGCUGCUGGGAGCUCCACUCCAGCGCGCGCGCGCGGCCUUCUGGGGAUUGUAGUCUCUGAUCAGGAGGAGGAGGAGGAAGGGGGCGAUGAAGAUGGCGGCGCCGGCUCUGCCCGAGCAGCUACUACUGCCGUCGCCGCAGCAGCAGCAGAGGGGGGAGGAGAACGGCUGCGAGAACAGCCCCAGCUCGGGGGAAUCAGGCGAGGAGAAGGGCGAGUCAUCGUACCAACGCUCCCGAUGCAAGCUGGAGAACCUGCUGAACAAGAGCAUGCGCAUCCGCAUGACGGACGGGCGCACGCUGGUGGGCUGCUUCUUGUGCACCGACCGAGACUGCAACGUCAUCCUGGGCUCAGCCCAAGAGUACCUGAAACCCACAGAUUCCUUCUCCGCAGGAGAGCCCCGCGUCUUGGGCCUGGCGAUGGUCCCCGGGCAUCACAUCGUCUCCAUUGAAGUUGAGUUGGAGAGCUUGGCUUCCUUGCAGUACCUCUGAUAAGCCAGCAGAGAGCAGCCGGUCUCAACACUUGGGGAGAAAAACAGACCCGGCAACUUCUAGGGACUCUGUGGAGCCCGUAUUCCCCUCCCCUCCACACACACAACUUCUGGACUCUCCACGCUCCUGAUUUUGCCUGGACACUGGCUGCACUGGACUGGCUGUACUGGACUGAUUUGUGGUGGGCGAAAGGGCCCCCCCCCCAGGACUUUGGAAGCCUCCAGUUGCCAAGGAGUUUGCGUUUAAAGUUGUUCAUUAAAUCUAAUAAAACCUGGUGGUCGCCCU